GGACUCUCUCCCUUGGCCCUGACCCACAGGCUGGCGAGAACUGCCUUCAGAUCGGACGACGGGGCUCGCGCCAGUUGCCGGCUACUAGCAGCGAGGAAGAGGGAGGGUCCACAGCACAGCCAGGGCGCCGUUUCACCUUCCCCAUUCCACCGGUAGCCACCGCUGCCUGCCUUUAGUGCCGGAGUCCCUGGGCUGCAGUUGGGAUAGGUUCCAGGUUGCCAAAGUGCCGGCGGUGCGUCUACGCGUGUGCGUAUUGGGGCUAGCUCUCUAGGACUGCUUGGCCAGCCUCUCCACCUCCUCCUCCUCCUCCUCCUCCGUUGACAGGCUGUGGGUGGGUGUGAGCGUGAGCGUGCUAGGAGCUAGUGUGCAAGACCAUCGCACUCUCAGGACGCGCGCACAUGCGCGCGCAGCCUGCCUGCCCGCCUUUCCUGCUUCCAGUCAACCAGCCUGGAUUAACCUUUCCGGCUGCUGCCGUGUCUUUGCUCUGGUGACCGAUCCGCACCACCGGAAGCCUGCUCAGCGGUUUCGGCACCCCGAGCCUAGCCUCACGAGCAGCCCCUCCAGAGCCCGGUCGAGCCUCUGGUCGCGCGGGACAGCCCUCGGCAGCCUCCUUCCCCGCCCCCGCCUGAGAGAACUGGCAGCGGCUCCGGAAUCCCUCAGAACAGGAGCUGCCCGCUUAGGCUUCCUCGACAGCCCGGUCCGCUCGUUCCUUUCUGUGACCGCAGGAGGCCGCAUGAGAAGCCGGCGCUGCGGGAACCGACCCGCCGGGAUGGGCUGAGCAGCGGAGGAAGAGGAGCUUGUUCGCCGGUGAGUGAAUGAGCGGUUGGCGCUGCCGCUUGGGGGACUGUUGGUGCAAUGCAACACCGCGUGGCAGCCUGCAGGGCUUGGCCGACAGGCUGAGGAGGGGAGGAGCGGACGUGAAAGCGUGAGCCGGGCUUGACUUGUCCACGAGAGGCAUCUCUUCCCCAGCGGGGCUGGAGGAAGCGGGCGACAAGGGCUUGGCCUUCGCCGUCCUUCGGAUCGCCCUCUGCAGCAGGUGGACCCUGCCGGUACUGCUCGGGGGAUGAGCACAGCGGGCACUCUGCCCCCUCGGCCUCCUUCCCGUCCUCUGCUUAGCGUUCUGGCGAACACCGGACCUUGCCAGCGCCGGGUGGACACUGUCCCAGCGCCCUCACUGCUACCUCCAUGGUUCUUGCCCCUCCGUGUUUUCUCCAGAACAGGACCCUGACUCUUCCUCGCUGAGUCUUACAAUGUGGUUUCAGGAUGCCCCAGUGUCCCGCCAAUGUCUUGUGCUGAGCUUUAGAGCAUCUUGGCUGCUGGUGCUAUUGAGUUUGGGCACUGGCCGGCAAGGGGGGUUGGCGCUGAAUUGCCCCAAGAACUGUGUGUGUGCCAGCAACAUCAUCAGCUGCUCCAAAGCGGACCUGAAAGUCUUCCCUCCUCACCUUCCUCAAUAUGCUGCUGUCCUGGACUUCAGCCACAAUCAGCUGACCCGCCUGCGGGCAGAGUGGACUCCUUCCCAGCUCCCUCAUCUCCAUUCAUUGUUCCUCAGCCACAAUGGCCUUUACUUCAUCUCCACUGAGGCCUUCUGCAAUGUCCCCGACCUGAAAUACUUGGACCUCUCCUCCAAUGCCAUUGAUACACUAGGAGAGAACAUCUUCAGUAAACUGACUAAGCUGGAGGUGCUCCUCCUAUAUAGCAACAAGAUCUCCAAGAUUGACCGCUCAGCUUUUGAGGAUAUGGCCAACCUCCAGAAAUUGUACCUUAGCCAUAAUGAGAUUUCCCGCUUCCCCCUAGAGCUGAUAAAAAAAGGAGAAGCCAAGCUCCCUCAUUUGGCACUGCUGGACCUUUCUUCCAACAAGAUCAAGAAGUUGUAUGUGAAGGAGGUCAGUGGGCUCCCAGCUUGGGUGAAGAAUGGCCUCUAUGUUCACAGCAACCCUCUUAGCUGCCACUGUGAGCUUUACAACCUCUUCACCCACUGGCAGAAACGGCAGCUAAGCUCAGCUGUGGACUUUGAGGAAGAGCUCAAAUGCUUGGAUCAGACCAAGGAUAAAAAUGUCACAAUUUCCAGCCUGUAUGAUCCGGAGGGCAUGAACUGCAGUGCAUUCAAGGAGCAAGCCCUAGAGGUCCACCGUGGGGACCACGUUACCAUCAAUUGCGAUACCAGGCAACGAGGCGUGACAAUUAAGGAAUGGGUGACACCCCGAUAUGAGCAUGUUCAACAGGAGGGUGAUAAUAGCUCCAUUAGUCUGCUGCCAAAUGGAAGCCUCCAGAUAAAUAAUAUCAGCAUAGAGGACAUGGGUCUGUAUACCUGUUAUGCAGUAAGCCAGGUGUUCAAUGAGACCCUCUAUGUACAAGUCACAGUCCAUAACUAUACCCUUCAUGGAGCCCCAGAUAUGCUCAAUACAGCCUACACCACACUAGUGGGCUGCAUCCUGAGUGUCAUUCUUGUGCUCAUUUAUCUUUACCUGACUCCAUGCCGUUGCUGGUGCCGCAGCAAUGAGAAGCAGGCUAACCAACAAGAGGACAGUAUCAACUCUUCAGUGCUCAGCACCACUCCAAAUCACAAUGCUGAAGUGAUGGGGGGCAAGGAAGGGUUAAAUCGGAACAUGGUGCCGAGUCGAGCCCAAGGCCAAAAUGGCAAAUGCAAGCCCACCAACUCCCCCAAACAUGCACCCAAAGGAGUCCAGAAGGCAGAGAGAAAAUUGUCAGAUCCAGAUUCAGUCAGUUCAGUCUUCUCCGAUACUCCCAUUGUAGGAGCCUCCCCAAAUGAAGGUGGGAGAGGAUGUAGUAGGGACAAGGCAGGGACUGAAUUAGUUGGACUGCUGUGAUCAUUCAGGCUAUGAAAGGAAAGAUCAGGAACAGAUCCACAUCUUUAUCAUCCAGUCAGGCACUGUUCUAUAGUCUGCCACAGUCUGUAAUAGCAUUCCUAUUUGGUUCCCUUCUUCUUGUCUCCGGUGUUGAAAACCUGAUGUCCCAGUUUGCUCUUCAGCAGUUUCUGAGCCUUCAGUUUUUGGAAUGUGAUCUUUCAGUUCCCUCGCAUUGGAAUUUUGCAAGCAUCCCUUUGAGAAGACAGAGACAAACAUGAAUGGUUCAGAGUACUAACUAGGUUUUCUGUAUCCUGCUACUGCAGUUGCGUUCCCCCUCUUAGGGGAUUUUCCUCCCAAAUACCCAUGCAAGUAUGAAAUUCAAGAGAGCAGGCCUGUUCACCUCUUGCAGCUGGAAUGUUGUGUGUCAUUUUACAACAGGGCCAUAAGCCUUCAGAGGUAUCCGUCUCCUUCCUCAGAUCGGUAAAAUGAGCCUAGAAAUCAUAUUUUAGCUACCCUUCUUGCAAAUUAAAUUACAUCAUAUUGUUUUCCUCUAUAGCUCCAGUUAUAACAGUGGUCCCAAGUAGCCAAGACUUUGUGAAAAAUAACUUUUAAAAUGCCUAAACAGCUUUUUUUUUUAACUAUUGCUAGAAUGUUUUUUUAAAAAAGCAGAAAAUGAACAUUCACACCAUUCCAGGUUUCUCAGGAUAUAAUUCAAAGUACUUUCUAGCAAGCAAGCCUGUUUUGCAUUUUUUGUCAGUGAAAAAAGAUGAAACAAAAUUUGGAAAUAUAGCAGUGAAAGGGGAAAUGAUGCUGUCUCUCCUUCUCUCCCACCAAGAGCUUAGUGAAAAAGGGAGUUAAACCCAAAGAUUUUAAACUUCAGAGCAUCAGACUGCAAGAAAGAACCAACAGGCUUGGGAACUGGUAAGCUGGAAUUCUGCAUCCCUACCUUGCUUUCUCUAAGAUGCAGCAAAGACAAGAACCCAACAUGGCUGGAUGCAGAUCUACUGCCUUCCCCUUUCAGCUCUUUCUUUGGUAGCUUAAUAGUCAGAUUCCAGUUACAGAUUAUGGUCAAAGUACAUCAAAUUGACAGCUAGGAUUUUAGUGCAUCUCCACAUCCUUUCAGAACUCCAGCAAGACAGGAGCCUGUGGCAGGCUAUAUAGCUUCAGAACUAUUUGAUUGCCUCCUCAUCUUCAACCAAGUUUCUCAUGUUUAUUUAGGAGACCGAGCAUGUUCCAGGUGCUUGGGGGAAAGCAGGAAUUUUAUUAGCCAUUCCAUUAUAGCAGGAGCCAUGCAACUCAGCUCUGUAAUAUGUCGACAGGAGAAAUUCUAGCUGGAAAAGUUUUCCUGGAAACUGCUUUUAUGGCCUUUGAACAUCCUCCUAAAACAAAUGGCACUGAGUCUGACAUUA